AAUGAGUUGUUUGGGCGUAUCGCCAUGACAGCAGCCGACGCCAAGCACAAAUAAAACACUACACGUUUACUUGUGUUUCCAUUCAUUUCCAAGGAUCUCUUUUGCCCGGACCUCCCGUUUUUGUACCUAGAGAAUUCAGAAAUACAUUUCAGGAUGAGUUCGCUGCCUUUUCUGCCGGGAAACAGCUUCACCGACCCCACGAAAACCAAGUUCCAUCUGUGCCACUCGCUGAACUACAAAAAUGGCUACUCCGUUCCCGCCGCGUAUCCAACCGUUGGAAUCGGAGGGGAGCCCCUAAAGGUCAACCAGCUGUCAGAGGCCGAGCUGGAUAGUCUGGCCAAUCAGAAACCUACGCUGACAUACGGACAAGCACAGCCGCAACCGCCAGAGGAUUUCAUUCCCGCGCACAAGGCCUUCGACAAAAAGGUGCUGAUGUUCAAGGCGUACUACAAGCAGACCGUGCACGAGUCCCCCAACGAGCACUACCGCAUCCGCCCCGUCAACAUCUACUACUACCUGGAGGAUGACAGCAUCUCGGUGGUGGAACCUGUGGUGGAGAACUCUGGGAUGCCUCAGGGUAAGCUGAUCAAGCGUCAGCGUCUGCCGAAAGACGACCAGGGCAGCCACUGGCAUUGGAAGGACCUGAACAUGUCCAUGAACGUCACCUUCUACGGGAAGGUCUUCCACAUCGUGGACUGCGACAAGUUCACGCAGGACUACCUCGAGAGCGAGGGAAUCGAGCUGAACGGUCCGUCCAGCAUGCCUGCCGAUCCGUAUAACCACCAUCGCGUGGAGUCGGCGAAACUCCAGAUGUUCAAGACUCCGUCAGACUUCGACAAACUGAAGCAGUUCCUCACAAUGGACAGGAAGGUCUUGCGUUUCUACUGUGUUUGGGACGACCGUGACCAGAUGUUUGGGGAGAUGCGCCCGUUCGUUCUGCACUACUACCUCGUGGACGAUACCGUGGAGGUCCGCGAGGUUCGCACGCCAAACAGCGGGCGCGACCCGUUCCCCGUGCUGAUCGGUCGCCACAAGCUGCCCAAGAACAGGGACAACGUUGAAUCCUCUUUCCCCGCCGUCGUCAUGGAGCUUUCGGAACAUGAGAUCAAGGACUGGUUCACGCCGGCCGACCUCGACAUCGGGAAGACGGUGUACGUCUACGGGCGCCGCUUCCUCCUGUACGACUGUGAUGACUUCACACGUGCGUACUACGCACACCGACUGGGCAGGGGCAUGGGGUCUGUGGAUGUCAACCAGCCGCAUCCUGAGCUGCCCAAAAUGGAGAUUCCCCUGUACAAUGGUUUUGGCUCCAUGGAGGACUCCAUGCAGAACUGCCUGUCUCUGAUCCCGCAGCCACCCAAGAAGGACUACAUCAAGAUGAUGGAGAACGACCACAAGAUCCUCAGAUUUGAGGCAACCAUGGACUCCGUCCAUCCCGAGGACAACAACCGGCGCUUCAUCAUCUCGUACCGCCUGUCGGACGACAUGAUUUCCAUCUACGAGCCGCCCGUUCGCAACUCCGGCAUCAUCGGAGGAAAGUUCCUGGAAGCCACGCGGAUCACCAAGCCCGACUGCGACCCGGAGAAUCCCGAGUUCUACACUCCGGCCGAUUUCGCCAUCGGGAAUAUCAUCGUCGUCUUCAAGCACAGGUUCCAGAUCACAGAUGCAGAUGAGUAUGUUCUGCGGUAUAUGGAGGCUCACGCCGACACGUUCCCUCCGCAGAGCCAGGCGCUCCAGUCCUUCCGUGCUCGCCACGGACGCCAGACGGAAGACGUCGUGAAGAACACCCCUGUCCAGAUCCAGAGAACGGGUGGAGACCUGAGCGACCUGGUCCAGGAGGUGCGUUUCCAGCUGCAGAAGGAUAACUACAUGAACCACAGCUCGCUCCGGGAGGCCUUCCUCUGGUACGACAAGGAUCGCUCCGGCAAGAUCGACAAGAGCGAGGUCCGCAACCUCUGCCGACGCUGCAACCUUCCCGUCGACGAUGAUUUACUUGACGCUCUGAUUGCAGAGUGUGACCACAACAAAGACGGGCAGAUCGACUACUUUGAGUUCAUCAAGUUCUUGAACUGGUCUUAAGAAAUAAACGGAUGUAGGAGUUAAGAUUUAAGACAGAAAA